AUAUAUAUAUUACACAAGACUUGAGGUGCAAGGAAAGUAAACAUAGACUAAUAAGGACUCCUAGACUAAUACUAAUAGAUUAAUGAGAACUCCUAGACUGAUACUAAUACUUCCUACCACUCCACACCCCGGCCAUCGGUCAAGCCCUUCCCGGAGCUUUGCGUGCUCCUCCGCUCCACCCGGUCGCCACGCCACUUUGCCUAUGCCGUUGGUCUACAACUCUUUGUCUGUCUAUCACAUAGGUACCAUCUGCCCCUACGGGGUCACCACACCUGGGAAGUGUUUGAUGAAAUGCCCGUGUUAAACUUUUGUCCUUUUGAAGCUAUGGAUUCAGACAUGGAGUACUUGAACUCAGACACGGAGUACUUGAACGAGCACCACAUUGAGUCGUUCGAUGAAGAGGAUUAAGCGGAUGAAAUGACGAUGAUGCAGACGGUCCUUGCAGACGCAGAGCAUGCGGAAGAACAUGUUCUUAAUUUCAGGGGAUUGAUCAAGGAUCAUUGAGUGCUGAACCGGAACAGGGCACAGGAGCAUUUGACGCUGAUGGACGACUACUUUGCCCCUCAUGCCCUAUUUGCGGACAAUAUUCAUUGCGCUUCCAGAUGUGAAAAUGUCUGUGAUCCCCUCUACAAUGUUGUCCAGUCCCACAAUGAUGACUUUAUCUUAAAGGAUACUGUAGGAAGGAUUGUAUCUCUGGUUACCAGAGGUGCAUGGCUGCAUUGCAAAUACUUGCAUAUGGCACGACCACAGAUUCAUGGGACUGCGGUGGUUUGCUACUGCGGUGGUCGAGGUGUUUGGACCUCAACACUUGAGAGAAGUGGUCGAGGUGUUUGGACCUCAACACGACCAACUGUCGCAAACACCAAAAGGAUGUUGGCAAUGUUGGAGCAAGAGGGUGGCCAGGUUUGCUUGGAUCUUUCGAUUACAUGCACUGGAGAUGGAAGAAUUGCUCAAAAGCUCUGCAAAGCUCUACAGAUGGAAGAAUUGCCCAAAGCUCUACAAGGGGUCUCAAAUAUUUGCUAGGUUGACUGAAGGGCAAGCUCCUCCGUGCGACUAUCUGGUCGACGGUAUCUAUCCUCCAUGGACUACCUUCAUCAGAACCAUGUCUUAUCCAGUUGGCCAGAAAAGAGCUCACUUUGCCCAAAGACAAGGAGCUAGAAAGGAUGUGGAGAGGGCAUUUGGAGUGCUCCAUGCCGGUCUUGCAGUUUACGUGGACUUGCUAAACACUGGGAUUCGGAGACCUUGUGGGGAGGUGAUGACAUGUUGCGUGAUCCUGCACAAUAUGAUUGUGGAGGAUGAGGGCGAAGAUGCCGUCGAAGGUCUGUAAUUUCAGAACAUGGGUGAUCCUAUCCAACUUCCAGACCAGAAUCCGGCCAUGUUUGAUGAGUCUGUUCAAAUGCAUCAACAAAUUUGGCAUCGAGCAACUCAUGAGCAGCUCAAGGAAGAUUUUAUUGAGCAUCUUUGGGUGGUUCAAGGGGACAACUAGAACAUAUGGGCGAGUUGAAUUCAAGUUUAAACUAUUUUAUUUGAAAACUUAGUUGGAUUGUAAUAUUUAAAUUAGAAGUACUGUGGCAUUUGAAUAUUUUCACUCAUCGAAGAUUUGAUAUGCUAUUAUUUUAAGCUCGCGGACUUAAAAAAAACUCUAGAGGUGGACGUCUAGGAGACAGGGUUGGAUGGCCGGCUCCGGUAUCACUGUCCACGGACCAGUCUGCAGAGAAAUACAAUGUCCUUUUUGGGGCUCGGAUGCUCCUAGUUUC